CUUUCAGUGAAAUAUCUCUGUCCAAACGAAAAUGAACUCCAGAAGCUUGAUGUUAUUGACCAGAAAUGCAAGGGUCUUUGCCAGAUCUCCUGCUCUUUUGAGAAGAGCCUAUUUGGCAUCGAGACCAGUCUUUUCACACGGUCUUAGUCACGGUAUUCGUCUCCAUUCUUCACAAUCAAAUAACGACAAAUCUGCUACUUUGAAAGCUGAUGACCCACAAUUAAUGAUUGCAUUCACUUGCAAGAAAUGUGACACCAGAUCUUCCCACGCAUUCUCCAGACAAUCGUACUAUAAAGGGACUGUGCUAAUUCAGUGUCCAGGCUGCAAAAACCGCCAUUUGAUAGCAGAUAACUUGAAGAUUUUCAGGGACAACAAAGUUAACCUUGAGGAUAUUUUGAAGGAACAGGGCCAAUCAGUCGCUACCACAACAGAUGAUUUGGCUUUUGAAGAUAUCCCAGAAUCUCUAAGGGGUCUUAUUGGCCACCAUGCUAAAGACGCACCAGAGUCAUACAGAAAGGACGAAUCAGAGACUGACAAGGUCCACGAAUUGCCAGGUCCUAAGAAGGAGUAAGAAGCCUGAUAGAGAGUUUUUCUAUUUGUUGCAAACUGACUGUGUAUAUCUCCAAAUCCUCUAUUUAUUUAAACUGGGACGUGAAAACACCCAGACUCGCUUAAUCGUAGGGCUCAAACCAUCCACAAUCUUUGCCUGAGCCCAUUCUGCUGUAUAUAGUCGAAUUCAUAUAAUUCUUU